AUGCGCUCGUUCUCUUUCAAUCUGCCUGUUGGCGGGAACAAAGAAUACGGAUUAAAUCGAGCAAAUCUGGGAAGCGUGAUCAGCUUGUCGCAGAGUAGCGUGACAUACAUCUCCAGGAACAUUGUGUUCGAGAGUCCUGAACCACGACACGUUGCGCGAUCACUCUUCACCGCUCAACGAGCUGUCCGUGGCCCAAUAAUGGUGGAGCUGACGGUGCUUUUGAGUUGCUCC